AUGGGAAGUGUUGACCAGGAGUUGGGCAGUGAACAGGAUAGGAAAACUGGUUUUACAGCUCUCUGUCCAGGACUGGAAGGCGCGAGAGGAGCGAGGCUUUGUCCUCCAGCAGACAGUUUUGAAGUCUACGAGGACCCCGUGUGGUUGGUUGCAGACCUGGGAAGAAUAGCCAUGUCCAUGGACCCAACUGCCCAGCAAAAUCAGACUGCAGUAGCUCUGCAGGGUGGCCAGGCACAGGGUGGUAUGGCCUUUAGUGAUGUGGCUAUCUACUUCUUGAGGGAGGAAUGGAGACUACUUGAUGACUCUCAGAGGCAUCUGUACCACCAGGUGAUGAUGGAGGUCUUUGUUCUCAUGUCCUCAUCAGGACUUAUACCUUCUGGGACUGACAUCACUCAGCUGGGGUCUUCAGGAGAUCGCUUCAUCCCUGCCCUGAGAUUUUUGACUCCAAGAGUGGAGCUUGCAAAGAUAUCUUGUGAGCAGACCCUUUCAACGACCAUGCUGCAGCAGCAGCAGCAGCAGCUGAGCCGUGCUGAGAAACCCUUACAAAGAGCAGAACGCAGAAUUUCAGUUCCGAAGAGAAACAGAAGUGACCCAUCAGAGAAGACUUUACAAAGCACAGACAACACAAUGGACUGCCACACUCUCUCUGGGCUUCUCAGGCAUCAUGUGACUCACAGUGCUGUGGAGAGACCCAGGAGUACUAAGAGAGGAAAGGCCACUCCCAGUGAGAAGAGGAAUUGGAAAUGCUGCGACUGUGGCAAAUCCUUCGAUUGUAAGUCUCUGCUUAUUCGACACCGGAGGAUACACACUGGAGAAAAGCCCUUUAAGUGUAGCGAAUGUGAGAAGUCCUUCAUCCAAAGGACUGAUCUGAAUCAACACUUGAAAGUUCACACUGGAGAAAAGCCCUUUAGAUGCAGCGAAUGUGGGAAAGAUUUCAAACACAACUGCUCCCUUGUUGGGCAUCAAAGACUUCACACUGGAGAGAAACCUUAUAAAUGCAACCAGUGUGGGGAAUCGUACAUGAACAGGUCCAGCCUCACAUGUCAUUAUCUGGUUCACACUGGAGAAAAGCCUUACAAAUGCGGCGAGUGUGGAAAAUUAUUUAAGGAGAAAUCCAGCCUCGUUUACCAUACCCGAGUGCACACUGGAGAAAGGCCUUUUGAGUGCAGCCAGUGUAGGAAGUGUUUUAAAAAAAACUCGCACCUCGUGAAACACCAGAAAGUUCACAGCAGGGGAAGACCCUUUAAGUGUAAUGUGUGUGGGAGAUUCUUUACCAUGAGGUACAGCCUCAUCAAACACCAGAGAUUUCACACUGCAGCAAAGCAUCAUGAGUGCAAGGAGUGUGGGAAAGUGUUUUGCUACAGGACUGGACUUUCUAUACACCGAAAGAUUCACACUGAUAAAAGUAUUGAGUGUAAUGAACAUGGGAAGUAGUUCCCAUGAUCGAUCUACCUUAUCUACACAAGAGGACGUUCAAUGGGUAAAAGUCAAGAGUGCUUCAAAUGUGGAGAAACUUCACCCACACGUCCAUCCUGUUUAACCUAAGAGGCCAGAGUGCUGGGAUGUAUCCUGAACCCACUGAUGCU